AUGUCCAGCUCCAUGGAGCCCCGGCCGCUCACAUCGGCCUUCGAGAGCCCGACGUUCGACGAGGACAGCUCGAUCCAUGUAGGGCAGCCGGUCGGGUCCAUGUCUAUAUCGCCGUGUGGGCGCGAUGUGGUCCUGGCGUCCAAGGAGGGUCUCCAUGUCAUCGAUCUGGACUCACCUUACUCUCCACCGCGGUAUCUCCCUCACCAUACACCAUGGGAGGUCGCCGAUGUGCAGUGGUCGCCGUUCGCUUCACGCGACUCCUGGGUUGUGAGCACAUCCAACCAGAAAGCGCUGGUAUGGAACCUAGCCAUGAAGACCUGGCAGAACUCGAUCGAGUAUGUCCUGCAUGCUCACUCACGCGCAAUUACCGAUAUCAAUUGGUCGGCUUUCCAUCCGGAUAUCUUGGCGACCUGUGCGGUGGAUAGUUUCGUUCACUGCUGGGAUUUGCGCACGCCUUCGCGGCCUGCUAUCUCGUUCUCAGACUGGUUCACGGGCGCAACCCAAGUCAAAUGGAACCGGCAAGACCCCCACGUUAUUGCGAGUUCUCAUGACCGAUAUCUCCGAAUCUGGGAUGACCGCAUGGGUGCAUAUCCGAUCAAGUCCAUCGAAGCCCACGACACCAAGAUCUAUGGCGUGGACUGGAACCGUGUUCGACGCGGCGCCCUAGCAACAUGUUCGCUGGACAAGACGAUCAAGUUCUGGGACUAUACGUCCGAUACCGAUGUGCCGGAAAAACAGAUCCGCACACCAUUCCCUGUCUGGCGAGCUCGAAACACCCCUUUUGGAUGGGGUGUACUGGCAAUGCCACAGAGAGGUAACAGUGACCUUCUGCUUUACAGUCGGAGAGCUGCCGAGGGUAGCAGCCCUGACGACGAUAUUCCCUUGGUCCACAGCUUCCCCGGACAUAAGGGCCAAGUGAAGGAGUUCCUCUGGAGACCGCGAGGAGGCGUGGUGGAUGGGAUUGACAAUCGAGAGUUCCAACUCGUUACAUGGGGAACCGAUCACGAGCUCCGCCUGCAUCGUGUGGAUCCUGAAAUCCUGGAGCGUGUCGGAUAUCAGAAGGGGAAGUCAUUCAUAUCUACUCGAAACGUGACGCGCUUGGGCGCUGUCUACCGAAGCUUCAGGGAUGUGAACUCAGACCUAGAAGUAGAGGACCUCGAAUCCGCAUCCUCUGUUGGUCCUCAUACCGCGACCACUCCGUACCCAGGGCCCCCCGGUAUGAAUGCCAUCUCGGUCCCGCACGCUCGCGCCUGGACGCGGAGCAGCCAUGUCGAUACCCGGAUGGGCAUGCAGCCACGCUCAAAUCUCCGAGCCGACGCCAAUCCGAUUGCCUGGAUGCGCGGGGUAAAGAUCUCCGGCUGGGAUAUUGAGACUCUGGGAGACGAGAUCAGUCAUGUGGGCGAAAAGUUCAGCAAGGUUGCAUUUGAGUCGGUUGAUGUGCGACAGCGGAAAAUUUCGAUAUCGUUGAAUGGACCCUGGGGUACGGAUGGCACGUCUUUGUUCCUGAAGGUGGAUAUAAAGUUUCCCGUCAGCUAUCCCAAGACCGCUAUUCCCACUUUCUCUUUUCAGAAGACAGCGGCGGUGACAGACGAGCUCUCUAGGAGGGUCACAGCUGAAUUGCGCACUAUUGCGGAAACAUACAUGUCCAGGAAACGAGGAUGCUUGGAAGGCGCCGUUCGCUAUCUUCUGGGCGAGAGCAGUUUGGAAGAGAGCAUCGCUUGGAUUCUGGGCGAAACUGGCGAUAGUGUCAAAUCCCCUAUCAAUGGCGAAUUAGAGGAGGGCGAGUCCAGCGACGAAGACGAGGUUGGCAUGACACAAAGCCAAGAACUGGGGAUGAGCUCGGAGCUACUUCGACCGGUCAAUGCCAACGUUAUGGUACCCGUUGCUAAAGGGUGCGGUGCGCUGUGGGCCAAUGACGGACGUUUGGUCUGCUUUUUCCCACCGAAGAAGGAUAAGUCAACGGAGCUUUUCGACAACAUCGGAUUCAAAGAGAUGAGUCGACUGUCCAGGACAGACAAGGUAUUCGAAGGCUUCGGGCGUCUGCAGACGAGCUCCCCGGGCCCGCGCAUGACCGGUACAAUCACAAGCACAGAUGAUGGUGUCUCUGAUUACUCGGAUGAUUCCUAUUCCGAGACCUCCAGCUCAUCUGGCUCAUCUGAUAUGCUCCCAGGGCUACCGGCCCGCUUCCAAGCCCCCCAGACUUGGCGCAGUGCCGGUAGUAUCGGUAUCUAUAAACCACGGUCGACGGAUAAUUCUCAAAGGUCUACUGGCGGAGCUGGGACAGCCAAAUUCUCCGAUGCACCUCGCAAUGUGGUGUCUAUACAUGACCUGAGCGACUUGUUGCCAGUUAAGCGGGAACUCGCCAGCAAGUAUCGCAUCUGCGGCAAAGGGACAGAUGUCUGUGCCCACAAUGCCGCUGUUGCCUUGGAUGCUGGUUGCUACGAGCUGGCUCAGAUUUGGGGUCUUAUCAAAUUGAUCCUGCAUGUUCGAAGAAAACCCCCAUCUCCGCUCGACUCAAGGAUGGGGCGGAAGCGGACACAAGAGGGAAUCAACAGUAUGAACACUAGCCAGAUCACUGAGAAAGGAGAGCUCUACAAAGAACUUGCUGGCAGUGUGAUUCGAUGGGGAGACCACCCCAUGGGUAGUCAUUGGCUUGUGCCCGCUCUCUUUGACCAUUUUGAGCGCAUCGGUGAUGUGCAGAUGGUGGCAAUGCUUUCCUGCGUGCUCCUGGAAGCGAACCACGAGGGCCGGUCUGGGAAAAAGCAAGAAAACCGGCUCGAGGAGCGCGCAUUUUCUCUGGAGUUCCCGUUGGUUGCGUCGACGGUACCGAACAGCAAGUUGCAAGCAGCUACUCCCGCUUCGUCUGCCCCAAGGGAGCCUCAAAAUGUGCCCCCUCACACCUCAGGACAAUCAUCAAGCGAAACGUGGCGCGUCGACUCUACCCCUCCCUUUUCGACGGGUACUACACCUCCUUUGACUUCACGCCCGCGAGGCAUUGCUGCCGACCGCAAGGCUAUAAGCCACAAUGUCUCAAUCUCAGCGUCGCCUGAUCAGCAAUUCCAAGCACGGAGUGGAUCUGGAUUUGGAUCUGUGCUCGCUUCGUCAUUGUCUCGUUCAUUUACUUUUGGCCCGUCAUCGGCAUCGCCGCCGGCGACUCAUCUGAAUAAAAGGAAGCCAGCCUCGGGUGAGAGCCCGGGUGUGGUCUCGGCACAGCCGACGCAUUCGGAUACGGAGAGUGAUCGUCCCCCUCAGCCAGCGAAGCCUGCAGCUCGAUUCAAGGUUACCUUGAAGAAUCAAAAUGCAUUCGAUGGCGAUGACACUGCGCCUGAUUCCCUCCUUGACCGAGAUAAGGAAUGGCUGUACCGAUCUUACCGCGCUGCAUACGCCAAUUUACUAUCAAUAUGGGAGCUUCCGGUACAUCAGAGUGAAGUCCUGAAGAUUGGUGCAGUUGUUGAAGAUGUGGAUGAUCUGCACAUGAGCCAGUACUGGAACAGUCACAGUUCCAAGGCAGCACCCUCUCUUCCAGAAGGGACGCCGAGCGAUACCCCUUCAGGUCUGGAAGGCCUUGAUUUCCAGCGCCACUGCGCCAACUGCGGCCAUGCCCUGCAAUUGUCGAUUUUUGCUCCGCAGCCUGUUCCUGAAACCCCGUCCAAGCGGGCCCGCCAGAGGCAACCAGUAUCGCCUCGCUGCCCGAACUGUGAACCCCGGCAACCUCUCCCUACCAGACUUCCCUGCAUCAUCUGCGGCGAAGUAGUCGACGGCAUGCUGGUCCCGUGCCUUAGCUGCGGGCACGUGAGCUGCUUCUCCUGCCACCGCCUCUGGUUCCUCCGACCAAGCAACCGAAUUGACAGUCCAUUCGAUAUCCCCAAGGACACCAGUACCCUCCCAACGUGCCCGACUGGCUGCGGCUGCAGCUGCUCGGAGCACAUCACGGUCAAUGUGCCCAUGCCAGCAUGGGAGCCUCCGUCUCCCAGCACCAAACCAGAACCCCCCGGUAACACCCACCGGAGCGCGUCUUCCGAGAAAAGGCAUCGCCGUCGCCAGUCUGAACCGCCUUCCGGCCCUGACUCGAGCGGUCACAACACUCCCACCACGAAAGCGGGAGUCAGUCAGAAUGAAGAUGAUCUGGUCAUGUGGCAGGCGUCUUCGCCAUUUGCCUCUCUUGCGCGGGGCAUGGGCGGGGGACUGAGUCAGGGUCUGCGUGCAAAAGACGACCGGAAGAAGACUCGGUUAGUUGCGAUUGCUGUGCCUAAAGGCAAGGGUAAAUAA